GUCGUCAAUUGCGCAGCCUCCAAAUACUCUGAUGACAACAUUUUCUUUAACAACAUUUCGAAUCUGUUCCCUUUCCUUUUCCGAUUGUGUGUCAUUCUCCCAUUCAAACCAAAAAUAACUAAAAAUACAUAGGAUCGCGAUAUUAUCAUUAUUAUUACUAUUGUAUUACUUCGUCGCCAUUGUGACUUAAUUCCUCUCCUAUUCUUGUCCAUCGUUUCAGCCGUCUUCGUUGACGAAGUACAUUACGCAUUACACAUUACACCACAUACCACAUCUCCUUAUACCCCUCAACUCAAUAACAUAACACGGUUAGGAUUACCUUGCCAUUGGAGAGUUUGCACCGGUUGCUCUCUUACUAUUGAUCCUCCGUCAACGAACCUCUCGAAACACUGAGCUUCCCCUAUUGGUCGCCACCGAAGAAACAGAGAGGAGAGUGCUUACGCCAGGGGCAGACAGCAAUGUCUUCCACCAACAUUGACGUAGACGAUGGCCAACACGAUCAUAUCCUACGGCCGAGGCCACGAAAACCGCAACACGCCCAAGUCGCUGAGUUGACCAGAGAACACAGCAGUAAUUCCGUUAAUGGCAACGCGCAUCUUGAGCCGCCUUCGGAGGAACCUGUCUCGGGCUUGACUAGCGGUCGUUCGACACCAGUUCCUGAAAAUGCUCCCGCGUCGACCAAAGCUCUGUCUAGUGCACGGAAGCAGGUUCGCGCAGAGCAGCGACGACGUAUCUUUCCGACCAUCGAGUUUGCCUCCCGAGUCUCCCACUUCGAUCCUCGAUCAGACUAUCGCGAUUUCCAUGGCUUCUUCAACCUAUUCUGGAUCGGCCUGGCCAUCAUGGGCAUUACUACCAUGUUGCGCAAUUAUAAGGACACCGGAUACCCCUUGCGCGUUCAGAUAUGGACCCUCUUCACGAUCAAGUUAUGGCAUCUAGCAGUAGCCGACUUGUUAAUGGUCGCGAGCACUGCUAUUAGCUUGCCGCUACAUAGGGUUUUCAGGAGUAGCCAAGGAGCGUUGACGUGGCAGAAGGGUGGUAAGGCUAUUCAGAGCAUAUACCAACUUGUGUGGCUGUCCUUUUGGAUCGCCGUGCCGUUCAUUUUCAACUGGACUUGGACGUCUCAAGUUUUUCUGCUGUUGCACACCAUGGUCCUUCUCAUGAAGAUGCAUUCUUAUGCGUUUUAUAACGGUCACCUAUCGGAAACGGAAAAGCGACUACGUGCCCUCGACGAACCACACGGCGCCUCGAAAGCCCCCGCAUACGUCUACCCUUCCGUUGAGCAUCCGAUGGGCAAACUAGCUCACGGAGAUGUGGAAGUCGACAGCGACAGUGAAGAUGAAGGUCUCAAGCAGUUGCGGGAGGACUUGGCGCGCGAGCUGACAAGUCCCAUCGGCAACGUGACGUAUCCGCGGAACCUAACCUGGUCGAAUUACACCGACUACAUCCUAUGCCCGACGCUCUGCUACGAACUGGAAUAUCCACGUAACGAAUCGAUCCAGUGGACAUCAUUGAUAGCGAAGAUAAUCGCCACUUUCGGCUGUAUAUUCUUGUUAACUAUCAUCUCGGAAGAGUACAUCCUACCUGUUCUUCAGGAAUCUACCGUUGACAUCGAAAAGAGCUCGUCCGCGGUUGAGACAUGCCUCAUUCUCGCUGAAACUAUCUCAUGGCUGCUCUUCCCGUUCAUGCUCACCUUCCUACUCGUGUUCCUCGUCAUCUUCGAGUACGUGCUAGGCGCCUUCGGCGAGAUUACACGUUUCGGAGACCGACACUUCUAUAGUGACUGGUGGAACAGCACCGACUGGAUGGAAUUCAGCCGCGAGUGGAACAUACCCGUAUACUCAUUUCUACGGCGACACGUGUAUGCGACCUCGAGACCAAGUAUCGGGCGCAACAUGGCGACGCUCAUCACCUUCUUGGUCUCUGCCAUCGGCCACGAAAUUGUCAUGGCUUGUAUCACCAAGAAGAUACGCGGCUACGGCUUCGUAUGCCAGAUGUUGCAGCUACCGAUCGUCAUGCUGCAGCGCACCAAGUGGGUACGCACCCAUAAGACGGCGAACAACGUGCUUUUCUGGUGCAGCAUGGUUUUAGGACUGAGCAUGAUAUGUUCACUCUACGUCCUGGUUUAAUUUGAGGUCGCGCCUGAUGGUUACCCAAGGAGCAUAUAGCUGGUUUUGGCAUAGACGGAAAAGGGAGCGGUGUCGAAGGUUAGAAAACGCGGAUGGUAUCCGAACAAGAUCUGAAGAAGACUUGGGCAUCACUGCCCUCAAUUACCGACACCAUACUCAACGUUGGAAUGGAAGUGUAUUAUUAUGUAUUUGUAUUACAUGUCUCGGAUAUACCCCCAUACCCUUUGUCGAUAGGCCUAGCGUGAAUAGUAGACUGGAUGCAUAUUAGGAAAAUUUCACUCACCAAGUUCCUUUUUGAAA